CUCGCAAUUUUCAAUAUGGCAAGCUGAAUAACUUUAACUUAGAUCAACUUAGGAACAAGGCAUUCAUCAGCGGAAAAGGUGAAUAUGCAGCAGUUACUUUCUCUUUUGUUCUUCGUUAAAGCUGUUCAAAGUUCUUAUUUUCAAAAAAUCGUACUAACCCUUGAUCAAAUUGAAGUAAUAAGAAAACUUUAUCAAGCUUUCUCUUUUAAUUUUUGUGGGGGCAAGUUUCUGGUCAAGCUCAAGCUUAAUAUUAAAUGUUUAAGCUUAAUUAAUACAAUGUUAGACUCUAGGGAACUCUAAAAUUUGUGAUCGUUGAAAUAAAACUAACCGAUAAGCUGAUAUUAUUUUUCCUGGGAUGCAAGCUUUUUCUUUUAGGGUUUCACAUGUGGCAGUUUCAAAAACUGGCCAUGAUGAGCCCAUGCUUUUAUCGUUAUUUGAGUUUGAUUCAACACCUUAUAUAUUCCUGUCUUGUUAUUUCCUGUACUGCAAUGAUCAUGAGUAACCUUGCCAAAUUCUUAAGUACAAAUUUUUGGUAGCUAAGAAAACUCCUGUACUUGGUACAUGACUCAUGCCCCUCCCCCUCCCACAACUAACCCUGGUGGGAACACAAUCACCCCAGGGUGAUCUAUUAAUCAGAGUCAUCGGACUCUUUUGUCAGUGGAUGAUUAAGAACACAGGGAAGGAGAUUUGGAGCCUGGGAGGAAUUAACUAGAUAAAACCCAGUACAAGAGAACAAUGAAAAUUGAGCCUAUUACGUCUGGUGGCCAUCCAAUAACCUUUACUGGCUACUUGAGAUCAUUCCAUGUUUUCUGCUGCUCUUUAAAGCAAACAAGUUUAAGCCUGGUGCUCAAACUUUUCUUUACAAUAUUGUCAGGUCUGUAAGUCCUGCAUAAAAAUGAAAAUUAUUCACUCUCAUUCUAUGGUUUUACCGCAUAGAUCUAUAGUGAGACUUGAUAUAAAUUAGGCUAGGGUGUUAGGACUGUCACCUUAUAUUUUUAACCUAUAGUUGUUUUCCCUUGUUUUUGUUUUUGCUAGUGUAUGAUAAGAAUUUUAAAACAAGCUCUCAAACAAAAUAUACAGAUUUAUACACAAGAUGGGAAGGUCAAUAUAUUGGAGGAAAACAGCUUGAAUGAUGAUUCCUCAACUAAGAAGUUUAAGAUAUCUUCAUCUUCGCUGUCUGCAUCUCUAUCACCCUCGACACUAUGCGGCUAGUGACCAAUCACUUAAGCCUAUAUAUAAGGCUGUUGCUUUUGACAUGGGAGGGGUGGUGAUUCCCACGCCCUUGCCUAUAUUCAAUCAGUUUGAAGAUGAUCAUGGUCUCCAGAGAGGCUCUAUUGUCUCGGCAAUCAAAGCUGGUGGAGAGAGAGGUAAUUAAGACCUGUCAUUUGGUAAGAAAAUAUAGUCUACUCUCUCUAAGACCCAUACAUGAGUGCGGGUGUCCACUUUAACUUUUUUUUUAAAUAAUUACCAGAAAUUACAAAAUAAUGCAACAUUAUGACUUGCAAUAAUGUGAUGAUUAAGUUCACAUUAUCUACAUAGUAACAUUAUACAGUCAAAUCUCUCUUAAAUUUCCAAAUUUCAUUUUGUGAAAUUUUGAAAAAUAAAUAGCACCAUGUGUAAGUACAGGCAGAGAGCUUUCAUUUGAAUGGUCAGAUCAUAGGAUUUCGUCCGCAAACUCAAAAGUUAGAGUCACCUUACAAAACUCCAUCAAACACUCUUGACUUGCAAAUGGGAGGGUUAACCCUGUAACUCCCAAGAGUGACCAACAUCAAUAUUAUUUUCUCCUAACAAUGUCAAUACUUAAUGAAGAGAAAAUGUAAUGAGAAUGAAGAAAAUGAUCACCAAAGGGAACAUGCUUUGAUCUUUUAUCAAAUUCUCUCGACUAAUUCUGUAAGGAAAUUUAUGGAGACCAGUCUGGAGAAUUUGUAUGUGGAUAUUGGGGCUAAAAUGGUUAACAGAAACCUCUCUAACAUGCAACUCCAGAUUGGGUUCUGUUGUUCUAAUCUUUAGUCAUUGAUUUUUGACUCCUUGCAAGAGGUGCACCUGGACUAGAAUGGACUCUUACCCCUUAGUGACAGUUCCAGAGGUUUUGACUGGGUAUAUGUUACAGGACGGUCAAAAUAAUAUUCAGGUUAAAAUUAUUCAAUCUAGGUUGAUUCUCUAUUUCCUUUUUUUCCUAGCCCUAAUUAUUCAUGAAUUAGGGCUAAGAGACAAAGGGAAUUGAGAAUCAACCUAGGUCAAAUCAAAAUUAACCUAAAAUCAAAUUUGACCUGUAACAUGUAUAUUGACUAACCUGUCCAAAAAAAAUACAAAUUCCUCUUAUUUUAUAUUAAAGGAUUUUUUUACUUGGUAGAAACUAUUCAUUCAUCGUCAGAUUUGACUUAAGACACCUCCCUCUCUAGUGCAGGCAGUUAGUGCUAUUCUAUUCCCAAAGGUUUCUGCAUGUUUUAUAGAGAGAUCUUGAGUUUAAACUAAAUUAUUAUUAUUAUUAUUAUUAUUAUAGACUAAAUUAUUUUGUUCUUGCAGGUGUCUGGGCACAGCUGGAAUGUGGUCAUCUUUUGCCAGAGGAAUUUGCCAGGAAAUUUACAGAAAUCAUUCAAACCAUGACACAUCAACCAGUGGACAUGGGAGCUCUAUUACCAAGCAUUCAUAAAGCAAUGAUUGAACCAUAUCCUGAAGUGCUGACAGCUAUCCAGUGCAUAAGGGCAGAAGGGCUCAAGACAGCUUUGAUUACAAAUAACUGGUGGUUGGAAGAGGGAAGAUCGUUUUUGCCAGUUGACAAGAAAUAUUUUGAUGUGGUGAGAAACUUUUGAAUUGACUAACUUUUAUACCCCUGGCCAUUACUUUGAACAUUAUUUUGACUGUUAAUUUGAUCAUUCAUGUUAUCCGACUUUUCUUUUAGCAAGCUAGUUAGUGGCUGAUCCAGACUUUGAGCUAAAUGAAGGGCCUGCUGAUCUCAAAAAUAUAUUUAUUUUUUAUUUUUUCUGGACCAUACGGGCUUUGAGUUUGUUCUAAAAACAAGAUGCGGGUGUGACCCCCCUAGGCCCCUCCCAUAGAUAUGCCACUGCUAGACAAGUGUAUACCUGUGACAACAUAAAAAUUAUACAAAUUCUUCUAGUACAAACAUUAUGAAACAGCUAGAUUUUUUAUAAUAUUGUUGGCAUUUUUUAUCCUGGUUUUCACCCUUUAAACAAACCCUCUGAAUUAGUGGGCUUGCUCCAUGUGAUACAAGCCAACACUUUAAUUGCUGAUAAUCCACUUGCCUAAUAUUGGCUUAUAGCUUACCCACUGGAAAACCAUGACAUACAUUGUGUCAGACCACCCUGUUUCUGCCGUGAUCAUUACUGAUUAACUCCUGCUCCUAUAUCCCACUUAAUUGUCAAUGGCAUUUUAUUAUUACAAAUCAUGAAGUUUUCACUGAAAAAUUUUCUUGUGCUUAAUUCUCAAGGUAGUAGAGUCAGCUAUUGAGGGAAUACGGAAACCAGAAGAACCAAUUUAUCUCAAGUUACUUGACCAACUCAAACUGGGUCCUGCAGAGGUGGUUUUUCUUGAUGAUAUUGGCAGUAAUGUGAAGACUGCUAAACACCUGGGUUUCCAGGUGAUUAAGGUAGACUAUGAUCUUCGGAGGAAAAGCAAUGUGUGCCUCUUGCCAUUAUUACAUGAUAUUUUAAAAACCUUUUUAUUUGUGAAUUAGGUUGAUGAUGUCAAGGUUGCUUUGGGUGAUUUGGAGAAUUUGCUGCAUUUUCCUUUGAAAGGUAUUUAAAAAGGUUUAAAAAGUGGUAUAAAAGACCUGUAUUGUGAAGUGAAACAUUAAUAAUUUAAUUUACAGCUGAAGGAUAACAGUUCAUUAUCUAAUGUUACUAACACUAACCCUAGAUCUCACCAAAGCCUGGUCCCACUGGUACUUUCUUGGGGUUUAAGAUUUCCAGACAAUUUUAGUCUUUUGGCAAAAUAGUUUGGCAAGCAAAUUAUAAACUUAUAGGGAUAAAGUGUUUAGAGGCCGCCAGUAGACAACCAGAUCAUUGACUUCUCCAGGAUUUAAAAUAAAUUUUCUUUGCUUUGUAGGAUAUGUUCCCGGUACUACAGCAGUUCGUAAAGUUCACCAGAUCCCUGUUGACUCUCUUACAAGGUAUCUUCAAAAUGAAGUGGGGCUACAUCAAGAAGGUGACCAUUAUUAUAAUUUUCAAAAACUAUGCACAUGUCCCUCCAUUCCGGCCCACAGCAAUUAUUAACCCUUUAAGUCCCAAUAGUGACCAAGAGCAAUUUUCUCCUAAUGACAUCCAUACAUUGUCAUGAGAUGAGGUUAUGAGAAUUAAUAAAAUGAUCACCUAAGAGAAAAUACUUUGAUCUUUUAUCAAAUUCUCUUGACUCAUUCUUAAAGGAAACGUAUAGAGAUCAGUUUGGAGAAUUUGUAUGUGGAUUUUGGGGCUUAAAGGGUUAAAAAGUUUGUUUUUAAUACCAUUAAUUUUUCCAGUAACUCCUUAUAGUUACCCAAAUUGUCAACUUUCCACGUGGUUGAUGACUGAUAAAUUAUACAUGGCCGUUAGAACAAAGCGCACCAAUAUUUAACCUUUUGGGACAUUGGAGUGUACAAUGAUCUCCUCUCUUAAGAAAUUUGAACAUGGGAGUGGCCAAGAGGAGAGGAGGCCAUAAAGUUCACGGUUGUUUAGAUCUACUGUACAAGGCCUUGAAGGUUUGAAAUGUUACCUGUAAUUACCUUAAAAGGUGUGCUUUAAAUAAAUGUGUAAAUGUGUGAUUUAACUAGAGUUUGGAGUUACACCAUUCCAUGGUGAACUUAGAAAGUAGGGGGCGAACUUGUAGGGGGCUAAUUCACUAGGGGGCAAACUCACUGGUAUCCAUUUAAUUUCGCGAUUUUGGUGAGACAGCAUUUCGCUAGGUGUUAUUUUCGUGAUUUCAACAGCCAAAUAUGAAAAGGGGCAUUAAAUUUCGCGACUUCGCACUCUCGACUUCAUUUUAGUUUUCAAAAAGUCUGAAAAUAUUAAAAAUUUCUAGAUAAACCGGAACAAGCAAUGUGUGAAAUCUUUGCAAAUUAACGUUAUUUCAGAACUGAAGAUAGCAGUAAACAAGUAAACAAUUUGCGUAUUUGUCGAUGCAUAUCAGGACUGUAUACGUUGUUGCUCGUGACAUGUUAAUAAAUUUUUCUGUGUUUCUACAAGGAUAUUAAAAUUUUUGCGUGCGUAAAUUUCACGAAGAUUUAAAUUCGCGGGUCUUUAAUUUCGCCAUUUUUGUGCAAUCGCGAAAAAAAAAACGCGAAAUUAAGUACCGAUAAGGUAACUUUUUUUGUGUCCCCUCUGAGUCAGAUUUAUUCAGUUUGCUAUUGAUAACUUUCAGAGUCUCCCAUCAUUCGACAGUUUAAACAUGGCCAGUCCAAUCCUACGUACUAUGUGGAGUAUGGAGGGCAAAGACUAGUGAUCAGGAAAAAACCCGUAAGUGCUUUAAUGGGGGGUUAUAUGCUUCUGGUUAAAGACGUCGGUAAUGGUCUUUUGGCCACUGGUUGUGUUGUAUUGGCCUAAUGUUAUUUUCUGAAGUUACACAUGUACGUCAGGUCGGUUGCGAACGUUAUUUAUAAUUUAUCCGGAAUGACCCACAGUUGACUCCGGAUAACUCGAACCAAAGUCGAUUUUUAAUUCCCCUGGAUUUCCUUUGUACAUUUACUGUAAUUCUACCCUCGGUAACUCGAACCCUCAAUAACUUGGACCUCCCGCUAACUCAAAGUAAUAACAAUGCUUAUGGAUAAAACUGGCGUGAAACUACUUAUUUUUGAGUAGAAGUAAUAAGCAGUAAACGACAAUUAAGGGAAAAACUUGGUCACUUGGUACAAAUUCACGUUUGCCGUUUGGCGUAAACUUGAAUCUUGAUGUAAUAUAUCAAACAUGAGAUGCAGUGUUUCAUCACCAGAUGAAACGCCGAGAAGAGAGUUGAAAAUACGACGCGCAGCGGAGUAUUUUUGACGAACUUCGAGGUGUUUCAUCUGGUGAUGAAACACUGUGUCGAAUGUUUGAUAUUUCUUCUCAAACAAAAUCAUUUUUGAAGGAGAAAUUAAGGAUGCAAAUACUAAGCAGUGUUUCAUCUAGCCUGUGAACAGGCUCUCUGUCUGGGGAAAAAAAUAGCAAGGAAAGGGAAGGGAAUAAUUCCCCGCUCGACCAAAGGCCUGUUCACAGGCUAUGUUUCAUCCGAUUUCCAAACACUCAUUAAACAUUAAUUUUCUUUGUAUUUUCUUAAUGAAUUAUUAAUGAGUUUGAGAACUCUUGAUCAACGACGAUUUUUAGCGCAACACAGCGUCGCAAUGUUGGAACAAUGUUGUAACUAUUCAAAACACUGUCGAAACAAUGUCGCAACGCUGUGUUGCGCUAAAAAUCGUCGUUGCGAAUCAUCUCGUGUAACAUCACAGUACAGGCCAUCUAACAACACGCAUGUUUCACAUCAUAGCCUGGGAAGCUUCUACCCUCUGCGCAUGCUGUGGAGAGAGAAUACAAGUGAGUUUAGCUUGCAGGCUCUAGUUGAUAUCCAAUGGACACUUCUCUUUCCAGUGGAUAGUACAGUUGUUUACCCUAAUAGUUAUCCACUGAAUAGCGAUUUUUCAGCUGGAUAGCGUUGUCCACGUUAUGAACACUGCUCAUGUGUAAUUCUGAUUAUCUCGAGAGUGAACGGUAUUCAUACUGUAGUUUACACAGCUUCCAGCUGGAAAGUAAUUUCAGAACAUUAACAUCCGAACGUAACUUACCUUAUUUUUUAAAUAUGAAUUCCCACUGCCCAAUGAAAGCCUAUAAAAUGUACCUAUCGAUUCUCCCCGUGGCGCAACAAUUGUUGUACCUCUUGUGACAUUUUUAGUAGUACCAUAAAUGCUCUAAUUGCCCCCCUCAUUCGAAUAAGCAUCCCCCACCCCACUAAGCCCUUGACAGCCGUCCUUACCGAAUAUACGGCAUACAGUAGGUUUAUCUUAUGGAUAUAGUAUGACAUGUUUCAUCAGUUGAGAAUGACGCACUAUGUCGUGGCCGAAAUUCUGACGAAUGAAAUACUGUGACCACACUUCUAGUGCACUCAACAACUAAAACUAAAAACGCGCUGCGGCGCGAAUGCGAGCGUUUACGGAAAAUGAUGUCUUUGAAAAACAAGUUAUCAACUUGAGGUAAAAGGCCUCAUCCAUUCUCAUUCGCUUUGAUUUAAAAACGUACAUACCUCAAUUCUAUUUUUUCUGUUUUCCUUGUCUGGGAGUUAAACGUACCUAAAAGAUUUCCUUUUAUGCGUGGAAUGGAAUAAAUGCCUUGGUUUUCGUACAUGUCACACUGUUAAAUAAAGAUGAUCUUCUCUGAACUAAGAAAGUGAUUCGAAAGUGCUUCUUUUUGUAGGGUAAUGAAGGCGCUUGGUUCUGCUGGAGUUCCUGUUCCAAAAACUAUAGCACUGUGCGAAGAUAGCAGGUAAAAUCAGUAACUAAUCAUGAAUUGACUUCCAUUUAAUACUUGCGUUCAGUUAUAAGGCAUAAAAUAACAAUUUGGGAAAAAGAGUUUGCUCGGUGUUAACCCUUAGCGUAAUGUGCACUAUACCCUUCGUUAUGACUAUCUCCUCCUCUCUGUUUAUCCUUAAGAAGCCGCGAAUUUUGUGCAAAAUUUGACAGUUCAAGAGCACAGCUUGCUAUAUUCUGCAAAGUUUCACGGAAAGUCCUGUUGGAAAAUCAAAUGGUUUAGGCCAUUUUUUUGUAAGCUUCAGAGAAUAUCGGCUGUCCUUUAAAGUUCGGCAACCGCAUUCUGUUCAGUGUCUCUAGGCGAUUUGGAUAUACUUUGUCGCGAGUCCAUCUUCCACCAGUUCAAAUUUAACUGUUGAAUGAUUGUUCACGAGAUUUUUCCUCGAGUUGUUUUUGUAAAUGGAAAGCACACGGAAACUCCCAGUCCCAACAUUGGAUUGCGCACGAACCUCGCUGCUGAAGGUGACUUGUUGUUGAUCUCUCUGUAGUGUUUUGGGGACACCGUUCUACGUUAUGGAGUAUGCCAGGGGACGCUUGUUCAAAGAUCCAUCUUUACCCGGCAUGACAGCAGAGGAGAGGAAGGUGAGAGUUGAAAGUGUGCGCCGAGGGGGGGUAGGGAAGGGGCUCAUUCAAUUCAUUUUCAAAACAAAUACAGUGGAACGAAGGGCCGAGGGACUGGCAAAAUAUGUUCGCUUCAACGAACUUUCGUUACAUCGAAGAAUUCGUUAUAUAGGGGUUUUUUGUAUAAACGUUCCAUUGUAGACGUCGUUGUUUGUAAAAACGCAUACAAAUUUUUGCCUUUAGUGCCUCCGUCUACUAUUUAACGAUUUGAAACUGAUGAUUACUUUCUCCAGAGUAAUAAAGUUCGUAAACAGAUAAAUACCUAAGUUUGCAUUCGUUUAGAAGCGUAAUUGGAUCCGACACUUCUGAAGCAGGAGCUUCCUCCUCCCCAAGCUUUUUCCCAUUGCUGAGCGAGAAGCACGGACGUCAAAAGUGGGGAGCUGGAGACGAACGAGAGCAGAGGCUCUCGCUGGAUUUUUCUUUGUUUCCCCUCUCCUUAGCCUGUCGGUGACUCAAAGAAGCCUUUGAGGAGGAGAGAUCAAGAACAAGUUCCCUGUCAUGUCAAGCGAUUUCGUGGCAUUUUAUUUAUUUAUUUAUUUGUUUACCAGCUUUUCUGGACACUAGCCUGCUCAGAGGGAAUGUGCACGAACGGGACUCAGGUCCCAUGCGAGGUGCCAUCCCGACCCAAUCGCACAACUCGUAAAGGUUGGCCACACCACCGGGGUCUACGAUCCCUGGCCUACUCUUUUCGAAUAGUGUUGUGUGUUCUUUUACGUCCCACAAGAACAGAUCAGUGAAAGUGCUGUAAGAAUAGACCCACGGUUUUUCGUUCUUAUCCUAGAAGACUAGAAAGUCCAACCGUUUGCAGAUGUCAUUACAAAGGGAACACUUUCUUCUCAGUUAUUUAAAGACCCUGAGUGUUGGUCCGGCCGGGGCUGGAACUCGCGACCUCCCGCUCGGCUGACCCGCACUGAGCUGCAACUGAACUGCACUUCGCCACAGUGUUCUUAUUUGCCUGUCCGUUUGAAUAUUUCUUAGCGUUCCUGCAAACAGACUUCACCGAGAUUUCAGGAUCGUAAAAAUGUUCAUUUGUACUAAGGCUCUGGCGACCUUGAAUUCGAAAGCAUAUACAUUGCCGGACCAGGUCAUCGCGUAAUGAAACUGUGUGCCUUUACCGCCGACAUUUUUUUUUCUCGUCAAUGUUAGUGAAGAUGAUAAACGCAUACACCAAAAGAGUAUGUUUGUUGUUUGGGGAGAAAAUAUGAUGUUUUUUCUUUAACUCUGCAAAGACCGGUUUGAAUGAUGUUUGACUCGUCUUUUUCAUUUUGGUUGUUUUUUUGUAAUUUUUGCAGGAAAUUUAUCACGCAAUGAACGAGACACUUCAUAGGAUUCACCAUGUUGACAUUGAUGUGGUGGGUUUGGGAGACUUUGGAAAAAGAGGUAAGCUUUGCGGUCCAUUGUAGUCUUCAGCUGUACACUUAGAAAACGCCAGGGGUUAUUUGAAGACCCCGGCUGGUAGUCAGACUAGGGUUCGAACACGCGACCGUAAGCAUGUCAAGGGGACCGGCACUGCCCCCCCCCCCCCCUUCCCACGAGGGGCACUCCUUUAUUUGGUCUGAACAGAUGUAACAGAUGUGAGCCGUUAAAGAGGGUUUAGUACGGAAGGUCUAUAGUCGUGUUAAACAGGAUGUAUAAUUUCACUAAGUUUUUAGCGUCUUGAACGGGGUGUCUUUUUGCAUCGGAAGCCUUUAAACGAGUGUGAACGGUGUCGAUGAGCUGUCUUGAUUCCAUGAUGUUAGUUUGAAAAAUUAUUUAAUUCUGUAUGCAAAACGAAACGAGUUAGGGUCAUAAAAUUGAUAAGAUCUCUUGCCUUAAACAGGGUAGCAAAAUGAAUGAUUUUAGUCUCAAACAGGGCCAGGGUUUGAAGAAUUCAGCGGCACAUCUCUCCUCAAACUUCCCUUGAGUGCCUCCCACCCCGGACACAUCCUAGUGAACCAAUCAGCCGGGUGCCGGGUAGCCUGCGAGCAAGCUCUCCAUAUACUUCGAGUGCGGCUCUCUUGUGACUUCCCGCGACUCCUCCAAAUGGAGCAUGACCUUGAAAGGAUUCAAACGCGCGAACAUAACAGAAAGAACAAACGAACGGAAAUAGAUCGAUUUGAUUGGUUUAUCGAACGGAUACAAAAACGCGCGUGGUUUUUGGUUGGUCAAGCGAACGCUAGAGUGAAAAAGCUUCAUGCCCGAGAACUUUCUAGAAUCAACCGAUACUUCGCUUUGACGUCAUACUGCAACACGAUUGGCCAAUCGAACAAUACCUUUUCCAUUUAAGGGUUUAAGGGCCCUGUUUUGAUCUUUUCAUUCAUUGGCUGAUAAAACAGAUAACGAGCACUUACCGAAACCAUUUUUCAUGGUCAUACGAAAAUCGCUCUAUUUUGUGGUAUUGCAGGAAACUACAUACGCCGUCAAACAGAAAGGUGGGGCAAACAGUACGAAGCCAGUAAGACCCACGACAUUCCAGCAAUGGACCAACUGAUAGCGUGGCUUUUAGAUAACAUUCCUGCCGAUGAUAAUACAACAGUUGUUCAUGGGGAUUAUAGGUUGGAUAGCUCGCAGCCUUCAGUGUACUUUUUUUCUUAACUGUACCCGUGGAACAUUAAUGCUUAAACCUGAUCACGACAAAUACUUGAUCCAUGCUGUGUGUAUGCAGUCUUGUCUGAGUAGAAUGAGUGUUGAUAUGGGAGAGGCAAAAUAGUUUUUUUCUAUGGGUAAUUCAGCUUUUUAGAAGAAAACAGAUCCCUGGGAGGAAAAUAUCAGGAAUCAACCAAACAAGGAAACAACAAAGCAAAAAAUAUCUCCCUCCGUGCCAAUAAAGUAACACGGAAUUUAGAAUUCCUGUAGUCCCGUCAUGCAACGCUCCUACUCGACAUAAUUCCACGGAGGAAGUUCAUUUUUACCAGAGAAUUUCAUUUGCACCUCUAAUUAACCACUGUUCUUUACGCUGGAUAUCUCUUUAUGAUUAUUUAUCAAAUUGUUGCAGGUUAGAUAAUUUAAUUUUCGACGAGAGAAAACCUGAGGUAAUAGCUGUUUUAGACUGGGAGCUAUCCACGCUUGGCGAUCCAUUAUCAGAUUUGGCCUACAACUGCUUACCUCAUCAUCUUCCUCCAAAUUUCCCAGCAUUAAAAGGUAAAAUACCUCAUUCACUUUACUAGGAGGCUGUAACAAUUGAAUCAAACUUAAAAGCAAAAUUUCAAUUUUUACCUUUCUUCCCAUUACAUGUAUUUGACUGCGAUGAAGCAUAACACCGUAUACAUACUGUAUAGCACUUUCCAGUCGCAGUCAUUCGGGUUUGGAAAAAAACGGUUUGACGAAAGUUUGCCUGUUCUGGGUCUCUAAGAAUGGGAGAGUCAAACAAAUUGGCUGAUGAAGAAAGACGGGGACCAAAUCCAAGGUAGUUAUGACUUGUUCCUUAAAACAGCGUUGACCGUUUCUCUUUCGAGUCACUUUCCGUAGUCUUCAUCGAGCCUUCUGCUUAGAUAUGCCCGUUUUUUCCCCUCAAAAUUUUCGUAUGUUAAUUGCGCUGUUUAUUUGAAAAGGCUUUGCUGACCGUGAACCCAGUUCUCUCGGCAUUCCGACAGAUACACAGUACAUGGAGGAGUACUGUCAGCGCGCAGGGAUCCCAGCCGUCAAGAACUGGAACUUCUAUAUGGCAUUUUCAUUUUUCCGUGUGGCUGCCAUUCUUCAAGGAGUCUACAAAAGAGCACUGCAGGGUGAGAAAACAGUCCUGUAGUCCUGUCCUGUAUCGUGCUUAUUCCAUCUCGCCGUUCAAAUCGUCAAAUGUUGUAGUGUGAUUGAAGUGUUGCGGGAAAUCUUUUUUAAACCUUGUUUUCUGUUUGUUUAGGAAGGCGAAUACUAGAUAAACAUACCCCGUAGAAUGAACUAGUUUAAUGCCAUCACGUGGUACCGCGCGCUCGCAGAACCUUUUUGCACUGUUUUCAGUUCAAGGCAAACGCCUUUUAUCUGGGAAAGUUGUAGUAACAAUAAUCAGUUUUUAUUUGUAUCAUACAAACAGGCCAGGCCAGUUCAGAAAAUGCAAAAGCUGUGGGUAUUCUUGCGGAGACAAUGGCUGAGACCGGUUGGAAACUUGCUUGUAAAGAAACAAGGCCCGGUAAUGGGGGUGGUAAUGCUGGAAGCACCAAGUCUUCAAAGAGAAUGUAUUCCACUUCGACUACAACCACUUUAGGUAAAGAGAGCUGCUACUUACGUUCUUAAAAAAAGAAGAAAAGAAAAGAAAUAGCACUUGCAGGUAAAGCAAGUGUAAUAACCUUUUUUUGUUUCUGGUGGUUGAAACUCGAAGAACGCACAGGGGAGAAAGUUAAGACGAUUUUCAACAGAGAGAGGGGUAAUGAACUUGUUGGUGAUGUGGAGACGACAGUUUACCCCUUCAAUUUUUUACCCGAGCUUAUGGACAAUUGAACUGUUCAGCUAGCAUUUUAACAGAGAGUCAACCGCACAACAUUAGUUUUGUCCACAAAGACAAGUUUGUUUAUAUUAAGUACCUUGCGUUGCUUUAACAGGUUCGUCGCUUUUAAUUUCUUCAUCCCCGCACUGUUGGGAAUUGUGUUUCUUUGUUGCAAGGUUUUUGAGAUCGUAAAAGUGGGAUCAAAUACUGUGCUAGCAGAGCUUUCUUUCCGGCAUGCCUUUUACAUUGUACUAGUCGUUCGCGUGGUAGACAUUCGCUUAGCUUGGCUUGUUUACUUUCGCACGUAUUCCGUGCCUAUUUCAACUUUGGCUCAAAACAAGCGAUCACGAAAACUCUAUUUGGGCGACGCCCAAAUCAAAAGCAAGCAGCCAGUGAAAAGUCGUAUGAUGACAUCAAGUUCUUUUUUCAGGUCAAAGCUAAUUAAUGUUUCUUCUUGUUUGUAUUUUUUCGCAGGUGCAUUGCCUGUUGACAUCACGUCUCUUUCGCCCCGCGUGCAACAAAUGCACCAGCAGCUGACAGGUUUUAUGAAAGAGCACGUGUACCCUAAUGAGGCUGAGUUCAACCGGCACCAGUCCUCUGAACAUUGCUGGACACCUCAUCCACUAUUAGAAAAGAUUAAGGUAAUGUGUGGCAAUCACGUGGUUAGCUCCCUAUUGUCUCUCAAAGACACUCACGUAAAUGGAUGGCUGCUAAGGCAUCGUCAUGGAAGUCUUACUAAAUGUUUGAGAUCAGGAGCGUAAACUCCUGGUCAUCUAAAAGCGCUACGAAAACUGGGAAUGUCGACUUGCGUACUUCAGCUGUUGCGGUUCUAACAAUAAAUUUCACAACAGCAAGAUAACAAAAUUGCUAACGAACGAAUGAGUGAACGAAUGACCAAACGAAUUUCUCAUUGUGUUACGCCAGAAGCCCUCCUCACCUUACCUUAUAGGCUUCUUGUUACAGGCAUUCUUCAUACUACUCGGAUGAGCUAUGUUGGAAGCGUACUCUAUGACGCUAAGUAAAGAAGAUUGCAAAUUGUAAGCUAAGUACCUCGGCGAUCUUCAUUUGUUGUUAACAGGAAAAAGCCCGAUUAGCCGGCCUUUGGAAUCUGUUCAUUCCUCUUGAAGCAGACCCUAAUGUGAAAUAUGGCGCUGGACUAACCAACGUGGAGUACGCGUACUUGUGUGAAGUGAUGGGAAGAUCAGUGUACGGACCAGAGGUAUGUAACUAGCGGAGCUCUCGCGCGCGAAACUCCCGCAGCAGAGCCUCCAUUACUGUAGAAAACGAAAACCUAUCCAUGCGAGGAAAUUUGGUAGUCACGUGACCGACCGAAACCACAUACUUCGCUACCCGUACAUGUAAGCCGAAGCGAAAUUUCGUAUUUAAGCAGCCGCGCGUUUUGCCGGUAAAUCGCAUGGCCACCCGGACUUUUAGAGAGAAAAAGCAAACUAAAGACAACAGAACCAACGCUUGUUUUCAACUAAAUUUUAAUUACAUUGUAUGUCUAUACAGUGACGUAGAUAUUAACCAGAGAAAGAGUUAGAUCGAGAGAGAUAAAAAACAAAGGAGACGAAAUUCGUUAGAAGAACAACGUGACAGUUUUAACAUAGCUUUUUAUGUUUCUCCUGUGUCAGGCCUGGUUACUGCUAGGGUAUUGCUUUGCUCGCCGUAUAGUUUGUGUUCGUGUAAUAAUUUUAAUAACCGUACAGACUUUGUUUUCAUCAGCUGAUCACAUUCCAUGAUAUAUACUAAGUUUAAAAAAGUUACGUUACUCCUCUUUGUAUUGUAUAUAUGAUUGAUUACUGACAAGAGAAGAGCGAUUUGACCGAAGAUUUCUUAUCGAAUGGUUUAUGUGAAGAAACAAGCAGCCUGAUAUAUAUUUUUUUAACCUCGAUAGCUGUUCAAUUGUUCUGCGCCAGAUACUGGUAACAUGGAGGUACUGAUCAAAUACGGCACAGACGAACAAAAGGUAUGAUACCCAAACACCUCUGAUGGAAAAAAAUUAUAUCUCUUCAUAUUGUUACGUGAGCUGAAUAACCAAACAGUAAUGUUUAUAGACUUUAAUUCUGAUUUUAGCUGAACUUUUCCUGCUUUUAUUAUUAUUUUUUCCACAGGAUAAAUGGCUACAUCCACUUUUAGACGGAAAAAUCAGAUCUUGUUUUGCUAUGACAGAACCAAAGGUACUAAUUAAAACAAACUUCAUGCCCGUUUUUUAUCAUUUAUUUCGUAUUUUUCGUUUUUUUUUCGCGAGUCGACUAACUGUGAGCACGGAACAGAGUUAUCUCAGAUGGAAGGCUUGUCUUUUGCGUUGACUGUGCCGCUAGGUACUCUUCCUUACCCCAUGAAAAUUUUUAGACCAAGGAAUAGUUUCUCUCUGGAACGAAACGUCUACUUAUUAGAAAAUUCCGCCUACUCAAAAACGUUUUGAAAAUUCCGCCUUCGUUGUAAAAAAAUACCUCAUCAAGGAGAAAACUGCAUGAAAUAUUUGCAGUGCAAAUCUCCUCUAGGGAGGCAGGGCAUUAACUAAAUAUACUUACAUGAAUAUUAUAUAGUUGCUAUCAACAGUGUCUAACAAGGUUACUGUUGCUAAAUCUUCUGUUCCUCAGGCUUUUUUUCUUAGGGUAAUAUCUUUUUAUUCCGAUGUUUUUCUUUUUUAGGUAGCGUCAUCAGAUGCCACUAACAUCGAAUCUUCCAUAAUUCUGGAUGGUGAUCAUUAUAUCAUCAACGGACACAAGUGGUGGACAUCAGGUUAAAGAAGAGGAAGUUGCUGAUUUUUACUGUCCAGCCUACAGUCUACUUUUAGCCAGCGAGCAAGGUCUCCAUUUGGGAGAGUUGCCGCGAGAACUCACGCGAGAGCCGCAGGGGAAAGCUCGCGUGUUUUCUCGCGGAUAGCUUUGCUCGCAGGCAAUCUGGAGAAUUUGUAUGUGGAUCUUGGGGCUUAAAGGGUUUAAAGAAGUUGGUUCCAGGUGACUUUCCAUUUGGGCACACCCAUUAGGGUUAGAGUGUUUAUCUAGAAGCCAUUUGUAAUUAAAUGGGCUUUCUGGGAGGGCCGCUCGUUAGGCACGCAAGCAUAAGGUAUCGCACAGCCCAUCCUUUUCGCGUAUUUCCUUGUGCUAGUCGUUUUCGUGGUCUUUUAAUUUCCAGAUCCCAGAAAUAUGUUUCCAACGUUUGUCUAUAUAGUAGCUGGAAUGUCGUUAGAUGUUUUAUUUUUGACCAUUUGUAGGUGGCAUGGACCCUCGAUGCAAGAUCUGUAUUUUCAUGGGAAAAACCGAUCCUGAGGCACCCAAACAUAAACAACAGGUACUGAUUCUUGGUUAUUGUUUGAUCAGUAACAGAAAUGUCGCUUGUCAAAAAAAAAAAAAUGAGACUUUCAUUUUUAUAAAUUUGUCAAUAAAUUGUAGUUUAAGGUGGUUAACUGAAGUGACUUAUGCCUGCAUACGGGUUUUGGUAAGCAAAAUUUUUCUGUUGGUUUGACCGAAUUGAAACUCGUUACUAUCGGGCUUUUCUAGCUAUUUAUUUUUAGCUUUGUUCUUUUCUUGUCUAAUAGUGUUUUACAGUUAGUUUCGAAAAUAGUCGGUUCACAGACCUAUAUAUAUUCCCUUGAGAGAAACGCCGCUAGCGCAAGAGGGUGAAUUUUGAGUACAUGAGAAAAUAGAAUUUUCUUCUUUCGUGCGCUGUUGUUGAAUUCCUUGGGGAAAUAAAGGAAAAAGAAUAAUGUCUAGCAGACCUGAGACUAAGGCUUUACUGAUCUGUAAAAACACACACACUUGCUUCUCGCAAUUAUUGCAGGCUAUGAUACUUGUUCCUAUGGAUACACCUGGGGUUACUGUGCUACGACCUUUGUCUGUUCUUGGAUACCAAGACCCUCCUUGUAAGUUGUGCCCUUAAUAUACAAACGCAAUAAUAAUGCCUGGCUGUUACCUGACUCUGUUAUUUAGAGCGUGAGACGGAGAAUGUUUUCUAUGUAGUGUUUUUUCUUUGGCCAAGGAUUUCGAGCGGCUGUUAAGAGUAAAUUAUUUGUUAUUUACUUCUGGUUUAUAGCUUACGUCACAACGGCCAUGUUGGGCGUUUCCCUCCGCUAGGUUGUAUUGUUUUGACAACCAAUAUUGCCACCUUGUCACGUGGUUGCAGAUCAAGAUUUCUGCUGGCACGUAGUUUUUCAAAAUUUAAUUCGUUCUUCUAGGGAUGAAGCUCUAAUGUUUCAGGGCUUCUAAGCUAGGGUCUAUUAUUUCUAUCGUCUGUUUAUUGUUUUCUUGCCUAAUCAUGUUAGCUGUUCCGAGAGCUCCCAGGCGGCCCUAAGGUUUGUGUAAGACAGGGAAAAGCCAUAAUGAAGCAGAGUUUCAGUAUAUUUAUAUGGUUUUUUUUAUGUUAUAGGCGGGCAUGCUGAGGUACUCUUCCAAGAUGUUCAAGUUCCUAAAGAGAACAUUUUACUGGGACCCGGAAGGGGAUUUGAGAUCGCUCAGGUGAAUCUCGUUAAUAGCUCUGGUUAUAUUAACUGAAUUGCUGAAGUACGUUGUCAAAUUUACCUUAUAACGCAGCUGAUAAAAACAAAAUUUUUGUGACGCUUGAGCUGUAGUGUUCGUUGCUGUGUUGCUGUCUUAAAUCCUCUUUUGCUUGAUUUUAGUAGAUUAAUUACAUAUUACUUUGUGUAUUAGCCUGUUUCGCCCUCUUAUUAGAAGCCACCUGACGACUGUUUGUUUCAAGUUGAUGCUUUCUUUAUGUUUUCAGGGUCGCUUGGGUCCAGGCCGUAUUCAUCAUUGCAUGCGCUUGAUAGGGCAGGCAGAGAGGGCCCUGGAACUGAUGAUUGAAAGAGUAAGUGUUAAGUGGACUGGUGUCGUUAUUGAAAUUGGCAUCUCCUUGCGUUGUGUUGCGAAUCGCGAAUUGGUUCUCCCAAAUAACACUAGCGACCGUCAUUUUCUUUUCUUUACUGGCAGGUUAAAAGUAGAGUGGCUUUUGGAAAACCUUUAGUCCAGCAAGGAAGUAUUUUACAAGACAUAGCAGAAUCCAGAAUAGAGAUAGAACAAGCAAGGUGCGACUACGCCGCUUAUUGUUAAUUAGAGGGCAAAAAGAAGCAGCGAAAAGAAUUCUCGUUUUAGGUUUAGAGUCUUUAAAGCCGAUGCAAGCUACUCAGAUGACACAGAUUUUGAAUGUAGUUAAGGUAGUAGGUUUUAAAGCAAUUCUGUUACCAUGAGACCUUAAACAUAGAGCCCGCUUUGAAAAUUACACUUCUGAAAAGCACUUUAUUGUUUAGUGUUACUAUGAUGGUAAGCUAAAAUUGGCUGUUUUAAUUUUGGACCAUGCUUUUCGACUUUAAUAUUUAGCCGACCCUUAUAUACGAAUCAUUGCUGCGCUUUGGCUUGUCUGUCUUUGCUUUGCUGUUGUCUGCGCGAGUUACGAAAUCGAAAUUGCGCAAGUUUCAACUUUCUCCGCAUAGCUUCUUUCAUAGUACAACUAUUACAGCGCUGCAUUUGAGCAGAAACGUUCAUAGAUUAGAUAAUCCUGAGGCUUCACGUAAUAAUGAACCAAGUCGUCUUUUGAUCAUCCGUAUCUGAUCAAGAUGUUUCUCCCGUAGAACGGAAAACUUAAGGUUUCUUUUAAAAUAUAUUUUUAUUUGUAAAAGGGAUGUCUGUACAGUAUGAACACGUUAAAUUGAUGACCUUCAGGCUCAGCAAAACAAAAAUAAGCAGGUGCUUUGACUAUAUAUCUUAUGCAAGGACCUUCUUCUGCCUGAUUCAGUAACACCUUGAAAUUAUUUUUGUAGACUUCUGACCCUCAAAGCUGCCCAUCUAAUGGAUACCGUAGGAAAUAAGGUAUUUUAUUCAAAGGUUGUUCGAGUAUUGAGCAUACUACUUGCUUUAUUUGCUGAUUUAUUUAUUGCGUUUUUUAGUUUUGAGAAAUAUAAAUAACGAAUCUGAUUAGGUUCAAGGUAAUAUCAUGAAAUGGGGUACAGUGACACGCCCAAGUACAAAAUAUGAAAAUUAGCCUUGUAAAACAUAUAAUGUCAAGUGUCCGAUUUGGCAUUGAGUUUCAACUUUCAGCUUUUCUUUAACAUUAUACAGUCAAACUUGCUUUAUACGGUCACGCCCUUUAGGAAUGGCCAAAUGACUGCUUAAAACAGGUUGACCGUUUAACACAGGUUUGACAGUCCUAAGAGUUUAUCAACAAGAUAAAGAUGGUAACAAAGCAAAAUAUCCAUGAUCUUCUCGUGCCAAAAGAAAGAGAGUAAAAGCUAAGACCAUAAGCACUUAAUGUCGCGCUCAGUUUAUCUAUUGCACUUGUGUGGUACGCCUUCAUUGAGAAAGAGACCGUUUAAUAGGGUGAAAAAUAGAAAGACCGCGGCCGCUUUAUAGAGGUGAACGCUUCAGUGAAACAGAUCAGUUUUACAGUAAUUAAGGGACACGAUUUCCGGGACUCUGACCUCCUAAUAUAGGUCUACUUAACGUAGGGUUGACUGCAUAUACCCUUGUAAAAGAGUGUUUGCCUUAGAACAGGCUACUUCAGUCGUAUUAUGGCUUGCAGGCUCAUUCGCUCCGACGAAGGUAGCUGAAGGUUAUGCAUUGGCUUUGACGCCGGCUCGAAACGUCAACUUUUCAAUUUGAAAAUGAAAAGGCAAUGGUUGCCGUCUUAACGGUACAAGGUUCCUUUGCUUUCACUUUGGCUGGCUGUAUAAAUGCCUUCAGCGUCUGUCAUUCUUUUUUUUUAGGCUGCUGCUCCUGAGAUCGCCAUGAUUAAGAUAGUUGCCCCUCGGAUGGCACAGAAUGUCGUGGAUAGAGCCAUGCAGGUUUGUCUGGAACUCCAACAGUUUUAUACACGAGCCUUAGCUGGAAACGCCCUUUGGUGCCAGACCAAAGUACUGUUCAGUAGCUUUAUGUGAAUUCUCACACUUUAGGAAUUUGUCCACCGACUCAAAAGUUAUAACAUAAGAGGACUAUAUAAACAGCACUACAGGAAGUUAAUGCUCAGAAGUCCCAUUUAAAUUAUUGGUGAUGAUUUACAAUUUUUUUCCACCGAUGUGAAGAAACUAUAGCAAAAUAUGUUGCAGUGAUACCAAGAACACCUUGGGCAUCUAAUAAGAUAACAUUCCCAUACUAUUCUGUAUGGAAUUCUGACGAACGUUUUGUUGUAGAGCUUCUAUUUCUGCUUUCGGUCCUCGUUCUGGCGUAACAUAAGCAUUCUAACUCUUUCACGUCAACCAGAAGUGGUCUUUUUUCACUUUUGGACGGUGGUUUUGCCCAAAUAAUUGGACAAAUCGUCUCUAUAAUAGCAUAGUUAUGAUAAUAGUAAAGACACUUUUGGUAGCGUCAAGGUGAUUUAAAAUGAAAAAGACCUCACUUCCGGUUGAAAUGCGUCGCUCAAAAACGCCUUUGUUUAAGCUCCCUAUUGGCUCGUUUUGACAGGCAUUUGGAGGAGCCGGUCUUUCGUCUGAUCAACCGCUGGCCCAGUUUUGGUCAUGGGCUCGUGUUCUCCGCCUCGCGGACGGGCCGGAUGAGGUGCAUCUUGGGGCUGUGGCAAAGCGAGAAGUAAACAAAGAUAGCGUCAAAGGGAGAUGAAUUUGUACAAGAUAUACGCUUAGUGAGCACAGAACUAUGAUUUAAUUGGGUAAUUCUAUUUGAAAUAUCUAUCCCUAUUAUAUGACUGGCUCCGCGAGAGGGGGUAUAUCUGUGUGUCGCGGAAACCUCAUUGCUGCUUAUGUACCUAUAUAUUGUGUUGUGGUGUAGGUAUGGUUUAGCGUCUUUUCAGUCUUUGUAUUAAGUCAUUUGGUGUUCGCGCUUUCUGCAAAACCAGGAAAUUAUCGGAGGAGGUCUAGCUGAGGCAAAUACUGUCGUCUGAUCGGCCACUCAAAUCACCAAGAUGGGCUGUCUUGCCUAUCAUUAGCCAUUUAGCCACUUACCCAUUUGGCCAUUUCACUCAAGUCCAUAAAAACGCAAACUUCCAUGUUUACCUUAUACGUGGAUGACGGACGUUAAGACCGUAAUAAUCCGAUAAGCUAGAGAGAGGCGAGGAGAGAAGACAAGGAUUAAGGUUUUUUUUAAACUCAGCUUGUCGCUCGCAUCGGCUGCCCACCCCUUUCCUUCAGUUAUUAGCUAUUAUUUGAAUGGUUACACUUCCGGGCAGGUCUGUUGAAUCGUUUUGGGGAACGUGCUAAGGAACGGAUAGCAAAAGCAGUGCUCUCGUACGUUUUCUUGGAAACGCCCUCCGUCCUUCGUACUAGAUAUUUCUCAUAUUUUUAAACGUUAGUAAUAAUGUCGAAAGCUAAAACAGUUUACAAUUUUGAUGUUUUACUGUCUGAAUGACGCAAAGAAGAGCAUACAUAUACACAUUUAGUGCGCCCAAAUGAUGAGCGAACUCACGUGAUGUAACACUUUCCUACUCAGUCACUUCAUCCACCACUUCAGAAACUCUGGGGAGAAUGGGUGCAAGCUUUGGGUACUGUGAUUUCCGGGAUCGUUGGGAAGCGUUAGUUAUGACUGGUCGAUGGUAUUCAAGGCAACAUUAA